AUGGUUGUUCUUGAACUCUCGUUUUUGGUACGAGUUGUGCUCGAACUUCAUUACAAAGAAGAUUUGAUUCAUUUCUUAUUAAUAAACCACAAGUGUGAAGAUGUUCUACAUUCCUUAAAACUUACUCCACGAUUUCGUAAUACGCCGUCACUAUUAUGGUUUCUUGAACAUUUUUCUCCCGACACGAUUGCAGUUUUUUGUUUUGAUGAAACACUUCUUUCAUUUCUUCCAUCUAUAUCUUGUAUUCGUUCACCUGAUUUAGAGUCUUUAUAUUCGUCUAAUUCACUCACAGAAAACGCCAUUCAAAACAUCUUUCCAAAAAUAGUUUCGAUAACACUUGACUCGACAAUACCGUCAUUUGGUGACAACGAAAAUGAUUCAACAAAAGUAGCAUCCAUUGUGAUCGCAAACUCAUUACUUUUAAAUCAUGUUAACACUUUAUAUGGAGACUUGGCUUCAAUAGCGUUGUAUUUAGAGAAGUACACUGAAUAUGGAAAGUACAAGUAUGUGCAUCUUCCAAAAAUAAUUCACGCAAAUUCUCUUCGUGGGUAUGCAAUGCUUUAUAAUGAAGAAAUUGUCAAUUUAUUGCGUCGAAUAUUGUUGUGUGUACCAGACAACGGUACACAUGACAUUUCCAUCGUUUUCUAUCGGCAACUUACUUUAAAAGAAAUAGAGAAUUCUGGUGACUUAUUUAGAAGAGUAAAAUAUUAUUAUAUUCACGCACAUACUUUGAUGGGAGAGAAGUGGAAUGAACAGAUAUAUUGUAAUAAAGGUAAAAUGCGUAUAGAAGGACAGAUUUAUGGUGAUACAAAACGUGUUAUAGAUCACAUCGUGGAUAAAGUCUACCCAUCUACUUUAUUUCAACAACAAGUGAACAACAUAUAUCAGAAUGACAUCUGGGAAAUAUCUAAAUGCAUAGAGACGUAUAUUCUGAGUCAAUCACGUUUGAAUGAAAUGACUCAAUUCCCAAUUGAUAUGUCAACUGUAAAAUUUGUGUUUCUAAAUACAGUCUUCAAUUUUGAGUUUACAAACAGCUUUAUGUGUGUCGAAAAACUGUCAAUUAAAGAGUGCAAAAAUAUUAUAUUUGAUGAGAAUUGUGCUCUACCGAAACUCACCAGUCUACGUGUUCUUUUAUCAAAUGAUAUCAUUUUUAAAGGCAACUCAAACACUCAAAUUGAAUCAAUUUUUUGUUACAAUGUACAACAAUUCAAGUGUACAAGAAAAAUCGAUCUAAUCAGAAAAGUAAUUUUAUUGUAUUGCAAAGAUUUUGAAAUGUGCGAAUUGGAUAUUCCAAACACUGAUAUAAACACGCCAAAAAGUAAAGAUGAUAACAAAUGCAAUACAAAUAAUAUAAAUAAGAGUAGAAAUAUCUACAUUGAAUGCAGCGAAAAUUUAAUAUUUUGUAAUACAACUUUCAACCAAAUUUUGAUAUUUGAUAGUGACUCGACAGUUUCAAAUGACUUAGAUGACUUAAAUGAAAAGACGAAUUAUUCGAUGAGACGAUUUGUUCCAAUGACUGAUGGCGUCGAAGUUGAAAAUGGAAUCAUAACAGAAAAAAUGCACGACUCAGAGACAUUAGAUAUGGUCGUUUCUCGUUAUUUGAGUACAUAUAAUAUUACAGAUAACUUGGUUGUAAGAAAUAUCAACAAGAAAGAAGUUGACGUGAUCAAAGGGAUUAGUUAUUUUGAAAUAAGUGUGGAGGGGUAUAGUGUCAUUUCUAUUGGAUUAAUAGACCAAAUAAAUUACAGAGAGUUUGAAGGAAGUCAAGUCGGGUGGAGAAAACACUCCGUUGCAAUGCAUUCCGACGACGGUAAAAUAUUUUUUGAUGGCAAAACAAUUGAAAAUGUGAAUGAAAAGAAAUGUGCGUUUGCUUCUGUUACAGGCGUGAAGAAAACGGUGGGGUGCGGUUUUAUUAUGAACACUAAAGAAGCGUUUUUUACAGUUGAAAGUGAGCUGAUGUGUAAAGUAAAAACUGAUUUUACACUAGUUUCUGCUGCUAUUGGAUUUAGAAUCACAAACCCAAUAACGGUGAAUUACGGAAAAAGGCCUUUUGUGUUUGACUUAAAAACCAUCGACAAGGAUAUUUGA